GGGCGCCGUUAAUCGCAGCCUCAGUGGAAACAGAGCAGCUGCAAACAUGGUUCGUCUUCUCAAUUUCUCGUUUUUCUCCCAAUUUUGGUUUAGUCUGUGUCUAUGUCUCUUCUGUUUAGUUAUAUCUGGUCAUGGAUAUUCAAUUAUGGGCGUUUUGGUUAGUUUCUUAGGACAAUGGCGACUCUAGUUUUCUCGUUUCAUGCCGUAGACCGUACCUGUAAAUGUUUCAGACUGCGAUGUUGUAUUUUUCUUGACAAUUGAGCUUCUGGGCAAGAGGAUUGAAGAAGCAUCUAAAGAGGCUCAAUGCUCCUAAGCAUUGGAUGCUUGACAAACUUGGUGGUGCCUUCGCUCCCAAACCAUCUUCUGGACCUCACAAGUCGAGGGAGUGUCUUCCUCUUGUCCUGAUCAUCAGGAACAGGUUGAAGUAUGCUUUGACUUACCGUGAAGUUAUCUCUAUCUUGAUGCAAAGGCAUAUCCAAGUUGAUGGCAAAGUCAGGACUGACAAGACUUACCCUGCUGGUUUCAUGGAUGUUGUAUCCAUCCCCAAGACCAAUGAGAACUUCCGUCUUCUCUACGACACCAAGGGACGUUUCCGUCUCCACUCCAUCAAGGAUGAGGAAGCAAAGUUCAAGCUUUGCAAGGUUAGAUCUAUCCAGUUUGGUCAGAAGGGAAUUCCAUACCUGAACACUUAUGAUGGUCGCACCAUCCGUUACCCUGACCCGCUCAUCAAGCCAAAUGACACCAUCAAGCUGGACCUUGAGGAGAACAAGAUUGUUGAGUUCAUCAAGUUUGACGUGGGUAACGUUGUGAUGGUGACUGGAGGCAGAAACAGAGGGCGUGUGGGUGUGAUUAAGAACCGUGAAAAGCAUAAGGGAAGCUUUGAGACAAUCCACAUUCAAGACUCAACAGGGCAUGAGUUUGCCACAAGGUUGGGGAAUGUGUACACAAUCGGCAAAGGAACAAAGCCAUGGGUGUCUCUUCCAAAGGGCAAAGGUAUUAAGCUGACCAUCAUUGAGGAAGCCAGGAAGAGACUUGCUUCCCAGCAAGCUGCUUGAAAGUCCAACUGCUUUGAAUCAUCAAGACCCGUUUCUUUUACAGACUCGCUGCUUGUCUCAGUUUGUGAGUCUAUUUCUUUUCUUAUGUUGUUGGAUUUCAAAACCCAUCAAAAAAUAGCUGAGUAGUGCUUUUUGUAAUGUUUGUAUGGUGGAUUUUUUGGUGAUUUACCGUUUAAAUCAGAUGACAGUUGGUCCACUCCUUUGCUUAGUCUUCUCCUUUGCUUUGCGCUAUUAGUUGUUGAGAGAUGAGUAAUAGAUAUUAUUUUCUUGGCAUUAAGUAAUCUAGAAGAAGACCUCAAGGACUCCUGAAAGUGAUGUGAAUUCAGCCGCCUUACACAAAAAAGU